AGGCACACCGGAGCGGGAUGAACGACACACUUCUGUCUUGUCAACUUUAGUUUGGUGUUGUUUAUGUGCUGUUGUACCAUAUUAUACAGCAUUUCACUGUUUAAUUCAUGGGCGCCGUGUAAAGGAGUUCUAUUUAAGACACUCUCUAUGUCUUUUUAAUCAAUAAAUCCAAAUAUUGUUUUGACUGAAUGAGGUUUUGUAGCUUAGCAGGCUAACUUCCCAUUGGAAAUCACGGCUAGUUUUUGCUAGCUUAGCUGGCAGCAGCGACAGCCAGAGAAGCCAGAGGCAAGCAUGAACUGUCCCCCAACAAAGCGUCUCCGUGGCCUGAACAAGGAUGUAGUGACAGCAGUGGCUUUUGAUGACCCUUUUGGAGAUGAUGAAGAAUUCACCCAGGAAGUCUUAGAUGAAAUCGAUGAUAUCGCCUCGCAAGCCAUCACGUCGGCUUCGGAAGGUGUAGAGCCAGGGACAGGAUCCAAAACGACUCAGCCAGCCCGCGGGUCAUCCUGGCCAUCCUCCUUUGGGCAGAACAAACCUGUGAACAAAACCACAUCUAAUCAUAGCAGAGAAAAUGCAUUUUCUUUAAACAGUAGCCACAGAGAGAAUGCGGGGAUACCAAGUAGAGAACCACUGGGUAACAGGCAGCAGCAGUUUGGGUCAGACAGAGAGGACUCCUACGGUCUCCUGGAGGCUCAGCAUGCAGAGCUGAAGAGGAAGCUGAAGGAGGUGGAAGAGGAGAUUGUGUUGAAGAGCGGGGAGAUCCGGGUCCUGAGGGACUCUCUAAAAGCAGCUCAACAGGAGAAGGAGACUCAGAGACAGAAUCAGACCCUACUGGACACUCAAAGACAGAAAGAGCAUAGUGAAAGGGAAAAGGAGCUUAACAGGAAGGUUCAGUCUCUGCAGUCUGAACUGCAGUUUAAAGAAGCAGAGAUCAAUGAGAUGAAGACCAAACUGCACACUUCAGACAAAACCAAAACAGCCUCUCCGCUGCCUAGGAACAGUCCUAAAAUCCUGAAUCAUGGAAGCAGCAGCUCAUCCUCUCCAAUAGGAAAUGGUUUCAUCACCAAGGAGAUGUUUGGAGCCCAGGUAUCAUCCAGAGUGACACCAGUGAAGGCACGGAGAGAUGCAGAGAGAGGAGCAUCCAGCAGCAAAUCUAGUGAUGUGUCUCGACCAGACCCCUUCCUGUCUGUCAGACCAUCUCAUCUGCAGCACAGAGGUGGCAUCCUGCUGGGGUUAUUGCUGCAGCAGCCUCUUUCUCCCAGCAGCCUUGGGCUCUCUCAUUUGCUGUCUAUGAGUCUGACUGACAGUCACCUGACAUCCAGUCGGCUGUCAGCAGGUUUUCUGCUCAACUCUGAUGCUGCAGCUGGUGUCAGUGGAGGUGGAGCUCCCAGAGCUGCUCUUAAUCCUGUCCAGAGUCUGGCUGUAACUGGACUCAACAUGCUGAGUCAGAGCCAACCGGCAUCUGCAGCCAGCAGCAAAAACAGGUCGUGUCCUGGAGGUGUCCUCCUCCUCUCUCUGUUGGACCUUCACCUGUCUCAGCUAUGCCAGUCUUUGGACUCGCUCCGCUCCUCCUCCGCUAGCAGCAGUGGUUUAGACUCUUCAACUGCCAAUACACUUCCAGCAGGCCGCACUGCUGCAGCUUCUGCUGGGCUGGGAAGACUGGAGGAGGCUCGUUUAUGUGGGUUUAACGUGGAGGACAUUGGACUAGCUGCUCUGAGGCUCCUUUGUCUCCUGCUUGUCCACAGUGAUGAGGUGGUGGAGGCUGUGUUGUCAAAGGAGAGUCAGAGCAGAGCCAUCGACCAUAAGGCAGAUGGAGUGGACCUCUGCUCUCAGAACACUUUGUUACAGUCACUGCUGCGGUUGUGUGAUCCGUGGCCCGGUGGAAGCAGCCCACAGAUUGAGGCGAUUUCCCUCAAUGCCAUGAAGACUCUGUGUGUCUUAAUUGAGAGAACGCCAGACAAACAUGUUGACAGGUUAGAGUGUGUGAUGCCGGUGGUGUGUACGUGUCUGUCAGUGGACAGCCGGUUCCAGACAGUUUCACAGUGUGUGUCCAUCCUCACAUCGAUGUCUGACCAUGAAGCACUGGCGAAGAAGCUAUGCUCUCAGCAUGAUCCCUGUGUUUUCUUGAAGUUGCUUCAGUUCAUCAGGACAAGACCAGACAACCACACAGCACACACAAACUGGAUUCAGCUAGACCUUCAGGUGGUUCGUUUGUUGAGCAGACUGAUGACUCAGAGAUCAGAGAGCUGGGCUACCAACCGGCGGAGCAGCUGUCACUGUUAUACUGAGCUGGUUCAGACAGCAGUGAUUGUUUUCCAUCGUCAGUGGUUAGAUCUGCGUGGUUCUCAGGAGCAAACAGACCCAACAGGGUUUGCCUCACCUCUGCAGCCAUGCUGUAGCUCUUCUUUGCCAUGGUGGCACAGCUCAGCGGCAUCUCUGCUCAGAGAGUGUGUGCUGCUGUUGCAUUGGUUGCUUCUAGAUCAUGGCAGCUUCUCCGAGAGCUGCAGGCCGCUCCUGCACAUGUACGACCAGGUGAUCCCUGCUGUUCGAGACACGCUGAGGAAGAUCCCGGAUCUGACCGAGAGCGAGGAGUUGGCAUUGGACGAGAUCUGCCGCUCAGAGGGGGAUGAAGCUGAUGACAUGGACACUGACGCCGGCUCCUAAAUGGCUGCUCCCACUGACCUCUUGAUUUAGUGACGCAUGCCAACAUGAGGGACAGUUUACUGACUGCUGAUGCAAUAUGUUUUAGACUGGAACAAGGACAGAGCAGCCUGUGGUUCUUAUCAGACUUCUAAGUGAAGUGAAGGUUUCACAGAAAUGGAAUAGAGGUGAGUCAGAGGUCUGACUGAAGUAAUGAACACAGAGUGUUUACUCUGCUUUCAGAUGGGAUUUCAUAAUAAAACAUGAAGGUGAGGGGGGAAAAAUCUCCUGUCAGUAUUUAUGUUUACUUGUAAUCUUUCUUUUCUUUCUCUUCUCCUACUUUCUUUGUUAAAGUCAAGGCUACUCUUUUAUUUCUCUGUGCUUUUAACUAAUAUGUAGCUGGGUAUUGCCCCACAACUAUCAAAUAUCAGUACAACUAUUGAUAUUUAAAAAAAAAGGGUGGAAUUUCUUAACUGCUGUAUAAUUUAUAAUACUAUGACACAGUUCCAGUUAUACUCAGACUAUUCUUACUGCAACUCUCCAGUUCUUUAUUACUGGAUGAUUAGCAGAUGAUACUCUGCACCACUUUUGGAAAUUUCAUCAGUUUUUCCCAAGACCCUCUCUGAAUAUGGAGCUACCCUAAACUUUGCACAUGCACAGACAGGUCAACAGACCUUGUCUCUCUUUCUAGCACCUCUAAGGGUCAUUCACUUGUUUGCACAAUUAUAUACAAACAUGUUUUAUUUUUAUUAUUAUGUUUAAAAAUUAAGGGUGUAAAAUUGAAAGCCAAUGAUACCAAAAUGCUGGUACAGGUACACUUUAGACUUGAAAAAAUGUUGUCUUAAGAUAAUAUGGGGAUUGUGUGUACGUGUAAAAGAGACCAUAUGCAUGCAGGCUCAGAACACGUCAAGUUUAUUUAAUUAAAAUUCAACAAAAAAAACCCUUUGACACCAAAA